AUGCACUUCUCCACCAUCCCCACGACAGCAUGUGCUCCCUCAGCCAUAGAUACUCUAAGCAUAUUCGGGGCUGAGAUACUCUCCCUCUCAGCCUCCCCAAUAACUAACUUCUCUUUCGACGUAUUUGGCGCCUUCAACUACAACCACGGCGAGAUUUCAGUCACCAAUGCAUCCUUUUGCAACAUCACAGUAACAUACAUUCAUCCUAGACAAAACGACUUUAUCACGGGUCGUUUUGCGCUAUCCCCGUUCUUCAUGGCCGGCGCUAUUGGCGAGGGCUAUGCUGCGACGACUACUGACGCAGGAUUGGCGGAGUCUCCGAGGACAUGGGCUUUGAAGGGUGAUGAAAAUGUUGAUCUGUAUGCGCUGCAGGAUCUGGGAUCCAAAUUUUUGUACGAUCAGGCUGUCAUUGGGAAGAGCCUAGUUAAGAGCUUUUAUGGUCGUGAUCCUGCGUACUCGUAUUGGAGUCGUUGUUCGCAGGGUGGUCGACAGGCGGUCACGUCCUGCGAUCUGAUGGAUGGUGUCGUGGAUGGCCUUAUUUCGAACAUGUCUCUUUGCAAUUAUGACCCUUUCCGUGCCGUGAGCAGCACGUCCAACUGCUCCUCCACCGGACAGACGAUGCGACUCAGCAAUGGUGCAGCAAUGCUAGCCGACGCGAUUUGGUCGGGCGCUCGGUCUACGCAAGGGAAUUUCCUGUGGUACGGAUUGAACCCUGGGGCAGAUAUCAGUGGUUUUGGGAACAACGGGGCAAAUACCCAGGGUUCGGGUGUGCAGGGUCUAUGGAUAGGGCAGUUUUUGCAGAAACUGCAAAACUACAAUAACUCCGUCAUUGAUCAUGAAUAUAUUAAUUGGCUUUUCCGUCUUGGGAUACAGGAAUACACAGAUAUCAUCGGUACGGCUGACUCUGACCUCACCGAGUUCCAAAAUGCAGGAGGCAAGUUACUCUCUUAUCAUGGCAUGGCCGAUAACGCAAUUCUAACAAAGGGAACAGAGCACUACUAUAAUGCAGUCAAUCUAAAGACCGUGUUUGACGCACUGCGCUCAUGGGUGGAGAAUGGCACUGCACUUGAUACUCUGCCGAUUGAAUUCAGUGGUGAAGAUGGGUCUCCGCAGGAUCGUAUUCUUUGUUCUUACCCUUCCAAUGCUGUUUACUGCAACGGUAACUCAUCGUCUGCCGAAAACUUCCGUUGCGUUGACUAA